GCAAACAACAGAGUGUAUAAACGUGUGAAAACUGCCACUCCUGCAUGGUUACAUUUUCCUGUUUUCAGUGAAAGAGGUGAGUCAGUUAUCUCAUAGCUCACAGACGCAACUCAGGAAGUGUAUAAAUGUGUGUGUGCUUUGAUCUGUGCAGUGAAGGCUCUCACUCAUCGAGGAGGAGGAAUUGUACCGACUGCUAUCAAGGAAGGACACGAUGAACAACUCUUGCAUCAGCUUUGACUUUACAGGAAAAUUCCUGCCACCUGUCUACAUUUUAGUAUUCAUCACUGGCAUGGUGGCUAACGGACUGGGAUUGAGGUCAGUGCUGCAGAAAUGGGAGAAACUGGGGAAUGUCUCUGUUUUCGUUUUCAACCUUGGACUUGCAGACAUUUUGUAUUUGCUCACACUCCCUUUUCUGAUGGUGUACUACUUCAAGGGUGAUCAGUGGAUCUUUGGAGAAGCCUUUUGCAAGACAACAAGAUUCUUCUUCAACCUGAAUUUAUACGGCAGCAUUGGAUUCCUCACCUGUAUCAGUGUGUACAGGUACUUGGCUAUUGUCCAUCCAAUGAGGAUGAUGGGGAGAAUAACUGUGACUCAUUCUGUGGCUAUCUCAGUCAUGGUCUGGCUGCUGGUGAGUGUUCAAAGUCUUCCAGACAUGUUCGUCCCCAAAUCACCCAUAAACAAUACUAAGAAGUGUUUUGAUACCACCUCUGAAAAGUACAUUGAAGAUUAUCUGAAAUACAGUUUGGGAUGGACACUCACUGGUUUUUGCAUCCCCCUGUUCAUCACCCUCAGCUGCUAUGGACAUAUGAUUGCUGUUCUCUGCCACAAUGAUAACAUUGAUGAAGUACUGAAACAAAGAAGCUUAAAGUUGUUAUUCAUCUUGAUUCUUCUGUUCUCUGUUUGUUACAUCCCCUAUCAUAUAUUAAAAAAUCUCAACCUCUUGUCAAGACUAAGCGUAAUCAAGGGGACAUGUCAUAAAUGGUCUAAUGGAGUCUAUAUUGGUCAUCAGAUAAGCCGUGGCCUUGUGUGUCUGAACAGUGCGCUCAAUCCUCUAGUUUACCUGCAUGUAAGUGAAGAUAUUUGUUCUCAGCUCAGACAGCUACUCCAACAAGCUCGCCAAGCUGUCACUAGUCUGUACACCUCUAACCAAACUUCAGUCACGGAUACUUGAAAUGUGCCGAUGAACAUGAGGAGUACGCCUCAUCUGAGACUCAUCUGAGACUUUUGUAAGAAACACAAAAAUGUUGCUUUUUACUAAAAAGCAAAAAUAAUACUUAAAAAAUACCUGAAAGACGAGUUAUUGCAUUUGUGAUGUAGUUGCAUGGUGUCAUGCAUGGGAGGUUUGCAGCUUGAAUGUGUGAAAACAAACAGGAUAUGAUGCUGCAUGCUUCACUGCUGAUAGAAGGUUAAUGUUAAUAGCAUGUCACAUGUAUGUACACACGCUGAAAGUCAAUUUUGAUUAUGUUGUAUAUACUGUAUAUCUAUACUUUGAGCAUUUGAAUUCAAGCCUCCUCAUUGUUGUUCUGCUGUCUAACUAUAAUUAAAGGCUUUUUAUUCAGAUUUCCCUUAUUUUUGAUAGUAAGUGCAUAGUUGAUGCUUUCUGUCUUUUUAAUUAUUUUUCAGUAAAAUAAACUGUUUUGUCUAGAUCUCAUUUUUGUUUUUUAUGUACAACACAUUUCCAGCAAUUGAAUUAAAUGUUUCAAAUAUUUGAGGAAAAUCAGCUUUGCAAAUAUUUUUAAAGGUGGUAAAUCAAUUCAAGAAUACAAUUUAAGAUCGCAAGAAUACACAGUUGUUUUUGUGAAAGAACCGUAAUGUAGUCGAUUAUGAUAUCCUCUGACUGCAUUUCGUUACCUUGUACUUGUGACAUGUCCAAUGACAAUAAAGUUGAAUUCUAUUCUAUUCUAUUCUAUUCUAAAAUGCCACAGGAUAUCUCAUGUAAAAUUAUGGUAACACCUAUAUUUAUUUUCCUCUCUAAGAAGUGAACGCGCAGUUUUUCCGCUCUCACCAUGGUUGUAUAUGUUACACAGACGUUCGUUUACCACAGAUAGCAAAGUAAAUGCACCCCUAAAGGUUUAAAGUCUCUGAGGUUGUUAUCAGAAGCAAUACUACUUUAUACUUUGUCAUUAAAGUCGAGAUAUUUUCAAAUGUAUUGUAAUUAGCAGGUCAUUUGCUUUAAAUUAGCAGCAUCAUGUUUGGAAUGAAGAAAAUGCUCCAUUCCAGCAAAGGAACCUCAUCAGACAUUUUGGAUAAGUAAAAGUGGCAGGUUUAUGUUUUUCCCAGUCAAAAAGACUCACUCUUGAUAAAACUAUGACUUUUAGACAAAUUUAUUAUGGAGAUUCUGCAAUUUUGCACACAACACUAGCUGCAAUUAAAACCAUUUAUGACCUAAAACAUAAUUUAACAUAAGUCCUAAAUAUGUCAUUGCCUGUGAGUCUUGAUGGGUUAUUUUGUGAUUUCAGGUUGUUAUUGAAAGUUUUCAGUUUGCUUGUAAUUAUUAUUCCACAGCUUUAGUUUUAAUUAUUAUUGUAGGUUGAGUUUUACUAUUCUUUCUAUUAAUGUUCUUCCAUUCUGAGUUGUGUUAGAAUUAUUAUUCUACUUUGAAUUCAUUCAUGUUUUUGUUUUCAUGUAGUUUCCAUAGUUUUUCUUGUCACUUGGUUUAGCUUCACCUCUAAUCCGAGAAGCUUAUUCAGUUCUAGGGUCAAAUGGUGGAGAGUCACAGAGUCCCAGUCCAGUAUUUGGCCCUAGAACUGAAGAAGUCUCUCGGAUGAGAGGUGAAACGUCCUCAAGCAAUUUAACGAAGUCCAGAUGUUUUUUUUUCCAUGCUCCUUAGACUACGAUGACCUCGAUGACGGAGAACCUUCACAGACAGCUUUGAGAUGCAUUUGUAGAUAAAAGGUAUGUCCCAAUUCAUAGACCGCAUCAUUCGAAGGCCAAUUACGUCACAGCCAGGCGACGAAGGCUGUCCCAUUUAAAGAUUCCUCCAAAUGCGGCUGACAAAUGCGUCCUUCAUUUCCCUGAAUUUGACGGA